AUGUCUUCGUUUAGCGGAAGGGUAUACUCAGUCACGGGUGCGGCGUCCGGAAUCGGGCAAGCUGUCGCCGUCCGCCUUACCGAGCUGGGAGCGGCGGGUCUCGCCCUCAGCGAUCUUAAUCUCGCCGGCCUAGAGACGACGAGGGAUCUAUGUACGAAGAUAAGAAGCGAUGUCAAGGUCGCCCUGACCAAGGUGGAUGUCAGUAACCCGGAGCAGGUAGAAGAGUGGAUCCAAGCAACGGUCAAGGAGUUUGGUCGUCUGGAUGGGGCCGCCAACGUUGCGGGCAUGGCGGGCGGCGACGGAGACACCACAUGCGCCACCAUCGUGAACUGGGAUCGAAUGAUCAACGUCAACCUCACAGGUGUGAUGUUUUGCAUGAGGUCACAAAUCCCCCAUCUGCCUAGGCCAGGAGGUGCCAUCGUGAACGUUUCCAGCACAUCGGGCCUUCGUGGUCUCCCCAACAAUGCCGCGUAUGCGUCGAGCAAGUUUGGCGUCAUCGGCUUGUCUGAGUCUGCGGCCGGCGAGUUUGGCCGGGAGGGAAUCCGGGUCAACGCUAUUCUGCCGGGACCCAUCGACACUCCUAUCUUUAGGGAUGGCGAAGCCAAGGGGCUCUUCAGCUCCGAGAGGACCAGCGCCGCCACGUGUAUGGGCCGCAUGGGACAAGCACAUGAGGUGGCCAAGGUGCUGUGCUUCAUGCUGAGCGACGAUGCGUCCUAUGUCACAGGAGGUAUGUUCACAGAUGAUAAGCUAUACUACAAUGUACGCGACGCUAACGUGGAGACUCCAGCCCAUUGGACCGUUGAUGGAGGGUACAGCGCUUGCUAG